AUGCCGCAGCCAUCGUGCAAAACAUUCCAAAAGAUUUCAGGGGACUUUUUCUCAACCAGAUACGACAAUGAUUAUAGCCAUCCUAUCCCUCUGACUUCCGUCGCUCAAGCAAGAAAUUGUGCAUCGUGGGGAUGUCCCUUCUGCACCAUUCUUAUGGCCAACGCUGACCCGUCGUUCUAUCCAGAAGAGUUCUUGUACACCCAUGACAUGAACUUGAGAAGAGCAAUGGUUGACCCUGAACAGGCUUUUCAGCUCUUUAUCGGCAACGCCGAUGUUUCACAUACAUUCUUCUAUCGCGUACCGCCUGAAUGGAAACUUCCACUUGCUGAGUUGGAUAGGCUUUGGGAUGAAUUGACGCUCAUGCGAACUUGGCUGUCUAAUUGCGUGACCAAACACCCCAAAUGCAAGCAGAUUGCUAGUAAAGGAUCUCCGAAACGUCUCCUCGAUGUUAGAGCCUUUUCGAAUUCGAACGACACUAGACUAGUAGACUGGCAAAGUGUUCCGACCACAGCGAGAUACGUCACCCUUAGCCAUUGUUGGGGCCCAGUCAACCACCGCCCAAUCUGCACAAGCAAAGCCACCUUAAGUGACAGAAUGCUGCGUAUCCAAUUCAAAGAUCUCUCGGUGACGUUUCAGGAUGCUGUUAAGAUCUAUUCUUUAUGCAUUAUUCAAGACGAUAAAGAUGAUUGGUCACAGGAAGCAGCCGCUAUGGCUUCUAUUUAUGGUGCAUCAUAUGUCACUCUGGCUGCACUCAGCUCUGGAGACAGUACUCAGGGCUGCAGGACCAGAACAAGGGGUCCAGAAAUGCCAAAGCUAUCGCGAUACCAAGACUUUAAUUUCGGUUCUCAACGCAUCAGAAUUCUAGAAGACUCGCCAGUUUCCUGGGAUGAGGAACACGAGGGUUGUGGAUCCAAUCCGUUACGCACUAGAGCGUGGACACUACAAGAAAGAGACCUCUCAUUGAGGUGUAUCAACUUUCGUCAGGGCCAACUGCUUUGGCAAUGCCGUACUAUGAAGGGCUCAUCGGAGCUUCCGUGGCACGAGAUGACACGGCAACACGACGAUUUCGUCCGCUUACCGCUAAUGCUCCAUCAAGAAGAAGACUUCACCUCUGAUGGUCCAGCCUUUCAACGUCAUCACUGGUUCAAAUUAGUUGAAGAUUACUCUUUAAGGAAUCUAACGAAGGAAACCGAUAAACUGCCUGCUUUAGCAGGCCUGGCCUCAAGAUUCUCCGAGGAACGAAAUCCUGGAAAGUAUCUCACCGGCAUCUGGUCAAAUCACCUACCAUCAGCACUUCUUUGGAGAACCGUGCCAGCCUACAGCCGUGACCGAAACCAGCGUGUUAGCCAAUUCACCGCUUUUUUGCCUCGUCGUCCACAGAUGUACAGAGCACCAAGUUGGUCAUGGGCUUCCAUCGAUGGAGAGAUCAGCUAUGAGUGUCAAAGAAUCGACCCCUACUAUGACGUACGCGGUUCCUUCGACAGCGGUUACGGGAACUUCGAGAUUACGGAUUCUUACGACCAAUUAGCAACAGCGCUUAAUAGUUUUGGUACCCCUUUGGAUGUCGCACUACGAAUGCGCGGCAACAUUACUGAACUCCAAGUUGGCACGCAGCUGAUCGAGGAUGUCUCUGGAGAAAUUCGACGACUUAUUUCGGCAGAUGGCAUCACAAUUGGAGCAUUUUAUCCAGAUAUAGUUGAUGACUUUCGAUUUGUGCGAUCUGUAUAUGUCUUGAGCAUUCGCUCUGAGCCAUAUUAUUCUUCUGUUCCAAUGCCUUAUCAUCCAUAUGGAAAACCUGUUUCUCCAUAUAGCCAGGAAAGCUGGAAAGAUCUCAACCUAAGAAUGGGGCUCGCUUUGCUGCGAGCAGGGUCAGGUGAGAUAUACCGACGUGUUGGUUUAGUGCGCUGGUUGAAAAAAGAGGUAUUUGAUGACACGCCAGUUGUAGACCUGAGUAUUAUCUGA